CUCUCGAACCCCUCGAGCAACAGGCAAUAUCUACAUAGAUACAUAGUUUUGCCUUGCACCACCACCACCACCAUUCCAACUGCAAACCCAACCACACCCUCCCGCACCCUCCCGCACCCUCCCGCACCCUCCCGCACACACCAAUCGCCGCGAUGUCCACUACCGUCGAGCGACUACACCUCCUGCACGAGCACAUCCGGCUCUCGCUGCUCGACCGAAAACGCGUUCUCUCCUCCGGCGCGGAACCAAACUCCCGCGCUAUCCACGAGAUCUCGCGGAGUCUCGACACCCUGCAUCAGGGGAUCGAGCAGCUAGAGCGAGAACAGCAGCAGCUCGAGAACAGCGGUGAACUACCCGCCGCCGACCUCCACGAGCGCCAGGAAGAACUCACCAAGCUACGCAGCGAAUACGCAUCGCUAUACACGCAAUUUACUGCGGAGGCGACGUCGAAGCCAGCCGACGUGGGCGGCGAUCUCCUGAUCGACCUUGGAGCGCCAGCGCGCUCGCAAAACUCGCUCGACGAGUUGGCGGCGCGCGAAGCGUUGAUGGGCAGCCGGGAGUCGCCCAGCAGUCUGCGCAAAAACAACAAGACGGUGCGGUUCCGGGACUCGCUGGUCGACACGGAUGAGCUCGAUAAUCAGCAGGUGCUGCAGCUGCAGCAGAGGGUCAUCGAUGAGCAGGAUGAGAGCCUCGAUAGGCUCUCGGUUAGUAUUAGGAACCAGCGCGAGUUGAGUAUACAGAUCGGAGACGAGCUCGAUGAUCAUGUCAGACUGCUCGACGAUGUCGAGGCGCUCGUCGACAGACACCAGAGUAGGCUGGAUAUGGCGAAGAGGAAGUUGACGCAUGUGGCGAGAGCGGCGAAAGAUCACGGUGAGUCUUUGCGGUCCCUCCCAUGGCGAAUAUGUACCUGACGAGAUUUAGGGAGCUUGAUGAUCAUAAUCAUCCUGAUAAUCAUACUGGUCCUUCUCAUUGCAGUCCUGAAAUGAUCCCUCCGAAAGGGGGGAUGGGGGUGGGAAAACUGUACUCUACCUGAGAUUCCUAUGUCGAUGUUUAUCCUUCUUCUACUAUUUCCGGAGUUUACGGUUGGGGUUUUCUUCAGGCUGGCGCGUU